AUGGCUGAAUCCAAAAUUUCAGUAACUCAGGACGAGUUCAGCUGUUCACUCUGUCUGGAAACACUGAAGGAUCCAGUAACUACAUCAUGUGGUGCAAAAAACUGUAAUAACUGCUGGGAUCAGGAGGUUGAUAAGGGAACAUACAGCUGUCCACAGUGUAGAAAAACCUUCACUCCAAGACCUGUUGUGAGUAUAAACACAAUGCUGGUUGGGGAGAAACUGAAGAAAACAUAACUUCAAGCUCCACAUCCUGGUCACUGUUCUGCUGGACCUGAAGAUGUGGAGUGUGAUUCCUGCACUGGGAAAAAAUACAAAGCCGUAAAAUCCUGUCUAGCGUGUUUGGCCUCUUUCUGUGAAACUCACCUUCAGCCUCAUUGUCAGAUUCCUCUUUAUAAGACUCACAAGCUGGUUAAAGCCUCCAGAUGACUCCAGGAUCAGAUCUGCUCUCAGCAUAAUAAACUGCUGGAGGUUUACUGUCGUACUGAUCAGCAGUGUAUCUGUGUGUUGUGUACCAUGGAUGAUCAUAAAGGACAUGAUGCAAUAUCAGCUGCAGCAGAAAGAACUGAGAAACAGGUAAAAAUAUUAUACAGCUCUCUUUAACAAAGAAAAUUCCAGGAGAAAAUCCAGAACAGAGAGAAGGAACUUUGUGAGCUGAUAAAAGCUGUGGAGUCUCACAAGUGUUCUGCACAGACAGCAGUGAAGAACAUUGAGAGGAUCUGUACUGAACUAAUCAACUCAGUUACCAGAAGAUGCUUUGAGCUAAAAGAUCUGAUCAGAGAUCGAGAGACAGCAGAAGUAAGUCGAGCUGAAAAACUCAUAAAACGGGUGGUGCAGGAGAUUGAAGAGCUGCAGAAGAAAGAUGCUGAACUGGACACAGCGCAGUCUCUCUCGGCUCCUGCUGGAUCUGCAGAAUCAGCCGCCAUCACAAUCAGUCCUUUCCUCUCAUUUGAUGAUGUUACAACGUCUGUAUCUCAGCUGAGAGAGAAAGUAGAAAAAUUCUGGAAAGAGCAGUGUGAGAAGAUACCAGAUGAAGUGAAGAAAGUCCGGAUUACUUCACCUCCUGAACCUGAAAUCAGAGAAGAUUUUCUACAAUAUGUUUGUCGGUUCACACUGGAUCCAAACACAGUAAAUAAAAACCUCCGUCUGUCUGAGGAGAACAAAGUGGCGACCCGGAGUAGAACAGAACAGUCGUAUCAUGAUCAUCCAGAUAGAUUUUAUGUUUACUCUCAGGUUGUGUGUAGAGAGAGUGUGAGUGGACGCUGGUACUGGGAGGUUGAGUGGAGUGGGAAUAAGGGGGUUGAUAUAGCAGUGUCAUAUAAAAGCAUCAGCAGGAAGGAACGUGGUGAUGAUUGUAGGUUUGGACAGAAUGAUCAGUCCUGGAGGUUGUUCUGUUCUCCAUCCAGCUUUUCAUUCCGGCACAAUAAGAAAAAGACUGAAAUUCCCACAAUGCCGAGUUCCUCUAGAAUAGGAGUGUAUGUGGAUUAUGAAGCAGGAACUCUGUCCUUCUACAGCGUCUCUGAUACAAUGAAGCUCCUCCACAGAGUUCAGACCACGUUCACUCAGCCCCUCUACCCGGGGUUUUUUCUUUAUCCAGGAUCAGAAGUGAAACUUGCAAGAAUUCACAUAAUUACACAGCAGUGA